AUGCGCGGCAAGCGGGGAGGCGGAGCGGCGGCGGCGGCGGCGGCGGCGUUGCCGGAGCACCGGGCUGUGCACGCGUGGCUCGUCAAGUCGGCGAGGCCGGAUGUGCUGCACGCGACCAACGUGAUGCGCGCCUACCUCCGCGCGGGCUUCCCGCGGCAGUCCCUCCGCCUCCUCGGCGGGCUCCUCCCGCGCGCGCCGCGCCUCCUCGCCACCUCCUUCUCGCUCUCCGUCGCGCUCCAGGCCUGCGGGUCCGCGGGGGCGCGCGCGGCCGUCGGCGCCUCCCUCCACGCGCGCGCCCUCAUGUCCGGGUUCGCCGCCGCCGACCUCUUCGUCCGCACCGCGCUCGUCGAGAUGUACGCCAAGGUGGGGCGCGUCGACCUCGCGCGGGCCGCCUUCGACGAGGCCCCACAACGCGACGUGUUCCUCUGCAACGUCAUGCUCGCGGCGUACGUCGCGCGCUCCGAGGUGGCGGAGGCGAGGAAGGUGUUCGACGGAAUGCCCGCGAGGGACUUGGUGUCCUGGAACACGAUGAUCCACGGCUAUGCCAUGAGAGGGGAGGUCGGAAUGGCGAGGGAGAUAUUCGAUGGGACGGAGGAUAGAGAUGCCUUCUCCUGGAGCUCGAUGAUCUCCGCUUACGCCAAGAGUCGGCGAUCCAAGGAAGCACUGGAUCUGUGGCGGGAGAUGCGCGCUGCUGGCAUCAUGCCGGACUGCAUCACCUUGGUGAGCGUGGUCUCGGCGUGCAGCGACUUGGGGGCGCUGGUCACUGGUGCAGAGGUACACAACUUUGUGGAGAGCAGUAGGAUAGAAUUGGACUUGAAGCUUGGGACUGCAUUGAUCGACAUGUAUGCCAAGUGUGGCGACAUUGAGAGUUCACAGAAGGUGUUCGACAGAAUGCCAGUGAAGGAUGUGCAAACUUGGAGUACGAUGAUUAUCGGGCUGGCAAAUCAUGGGCUUGGCCAUGAAUCCCUCAGUUUGUUCUCGAAGAUGAUAUCCGAGGGGAUGAAACCGAAUGGGGUCACAUUUGUCGGGGUUCUUAUCGCGUGUACUCAUGUUGGCCUUGUGACUGAAGGCAAGAAGUAUUUCAGAUCAAUGAAUCAAGUGCAUGGUGUAGAGCCAACGGUUGAGCACUAUGGAUGCAUGGUUGAUCUUCUAGGGCGUUCAGGCCAUGUUGAGGAGGCAAGGCAUCUCAUCAGGAGCAUGCCAUUCGAGCCCGAUGCAAUCAUCUGGAGAGCACUUCUUGGGGCCUGCCGCAUCCAUAAGAAUGUGGAUAUUGCAGAGGAAGCCAUGGUCAGAUUGCGAGUUCUGGAUCCUCUUGGUGAUGGACAUUAUGUGCUAUUGUCGAACAUAUAUGCACAGGCAAACUCUUGGGAAGGUGUUGCAGAAAUGAGGAAGACAAUUAGAAGGGACAACAUUCAGAGGAUUCCCGGAAGAAGUUCGAUUGAAUGGGAGGAUAAGAUUCAUGAGUUUGUUUGUGGUGAUAGAUUACAUCCAAGGUCCAAGGAGAUCUACGGAAUGCUGGAAGAGAUGAUGGAUCGUUUAAAACAAGCUGGUUAUAAGCCUAUGACAAGCUUGGUAUUGCAAGAUAUUGAUGAGCAAUCUAAGGAACGGUCGUUGGUUGAACACAGUGAGAAGCUGGCCAUUGCUUUUGGGCUGAUAACUACCCCUGCGGGGUCAACUAUUCGAAUAACAAAGAAUCUUAGGACUUGUGAAGAUUGCCAUUCAGCCAUGAAGUUUAUCUCCUUGGCGUAUGAUCGCAAGUUGAUUGUCAGAGACCGCAACCGUUUUCACCAUUUUAGUGAAGGGCUGUGCUCAUGCAAUGAUUAUUGGUGAACUACAUGCUUGUACCAAAACAUGGUGAUGGAUCCGUCUGUUGUUCCUACACUGCUAGUAAUCUCAAGCUAUAGCGCGGGAAGUAUUCUUAGCGUAAAGUUCGAAGAGUGGUAAUUCAAGAACAACUCUUCUAACGUCACCAUUU